ACAGACAUACUCAGCUGCACCAGGUUGUAAAAUACCAGUCUCAAAUCAACAACGGAUCUAUCAGUAGUUAUCCUGUCUUAGGGUGCAGCAGAGAGGCGAGGCCCUGCAGCAAUCUCACUACUUCUUACAUCUGCUUGGACUGCUUAGAGCUGUGAAGAUGGCAAAAGGAAUGAUCAUAAACAACAUGUCCUUCAAGGUUGGACAAACCAUGACUAUUGUUGGAGUGGCUAAACCUGACGCUACAAAUUUUGAGGUGAAUAUUGGCCCCAAUGAGGUGGAUAUCACGAUGCACAUCAACCCUCGUUUUAAUGCCCACGGAGACGAGAAUGCGAUUGUCUGCAACUCAUUCGAGGGCGGUAGUUGGUGUGAGGAGCACCGAGAGGGAGGAUUUCCCUUCCAACAAGGAGAGGAGUUCACGAUCCUCAUCGAAUUCACACCGCCGGAGUUCGUAGUGACUUUGUCCGACGGCUCUGCAAUCCACUUCCCCAACCGAAUGGGUGCAGAGAAAUACUCCUUCUUCAGAUUUGAUGGGGAGGCUCGCAUCAGGAGCGUCGAGAUCAAAUAAACGCCCAUCUUCCAGUGAAUCUUUGGAUGUCAAUUCUGUUAUAUUUUGUCUUCUUCAUUUAAUUUUCUGGGCUCAGAAAACAUUUUGCCAAAGGAAUAGAAUCUAAUCCAGCUUUAAAUGCUUAUCACAUAAUGCAGGUGCUUGUUGAGAGUAGAUGGUAGCAAUCACAGAAGCAUUUAAUGAUAAGAUCCAUCAAGUCAGAAUCUUCAGAUCUGCACACACUCGCCUUUCUACACACCCGAUAAAGCUUCUGAUCAAAAAGCAAACCUAACAUAAGAGUUUAAUGUUUUAGCUUUGUAGUAUGUCGAGAUCUGUUGAAAAGAACGAGAUGGAAUGACAUCACCUUUUACUAACCUGCCAAGAAGUGCUCUAUGAUAUGUUUCUUUGACAUUCCAACACUGCAAAGCUGAGGUUCUAACAGUGUCUGUUAAAGAGGGUCCUUUUAAGAAAGAUGUCUGCUGUGUCUGUCUACAACUUCAAGCAUCUCAAAUGUGUUAAAAGUUUUUUUCUUGUCCAUUAAAAUAUUUCUGUGUCUGAAGCAUAA